UCAGAGCAAUCCACGUAAUUAUUUCUGUCUCCGCGGGUCAUUUGUUGACUGAAGUGCAUCUUAUUUGUAACAUACUGUAAAGAAAUUAAGUGUGUUUGGAAACCUUUUUUUUACAUAACAUGAUCCUCAGAAACUGUCCCUCUGAGCCGGUGAGCUCUAAGCCGUACCAGGGGGUGCGCGUGAAGGACCCGGUGAGGGAGCUACUGAGGCGGAAAAGAGGAAGCCACAACGCCACCAGUGUCAAAACACCUCCCCCUACUGCUGUGGUGAUUCCAAACAGUAUUUCACCAUCCUAUACUCAUGUGGGACCCUCUGGACUGCUGGAAAGUUGCCCCGGUGCUAUCAACACCAUCAGUGGUUCCAGCAGCAUCGGCAGCAGUGGCCCAGACACAGGAGCCUUCUACACGGGCUGGCUAGCCCAGCCUGGGGCCCCGAGCUUCCAGCCGCUUAGCCACUGGCCCUCCUCUGACUACUUCCAGACCAAUAUCACCUCCUCCUCCUCCUCCUCCUCCACCCCCACCUCCUCCUCCACCUGCCCCCUGGUGCCGGGCCUGUCCCCUGAGAUGUAUGUGCAGCCUGUGUGCCCCAGCUACACGGUGGUGGCCCCCUCCUCCCUCCUGACCCUCACCCACGCUCCACUCUUCACUAACAUUGGGGCCAUAACUCCCACUCCAGCAUCGUUGCCAUCCCAGGUGGACUUCCACGCGAUGUCCGACUCCCCCCUGGCCUACAUCCCCUGGCCCCAGCCCCUGGCCACCCUGCCUGGGGCCCAGCCCCUGGCCACCCUCCCUGGGCCGCUCAUGCAGUAUCCACCCCCCUGCCCCAUCACCACCACCAGCCCCAUUGCCCAGCUGCCUCCCAUGCCACAGGUGCCCCCCACCAGCCUUGUGGCACAUGUGCCACCUAUGCCAGCCAUGUCUGCAGAACAUGCCCCAGUGCUCCUACCAGAGCCAGUACACCCUGACAGCAUCACAGCAAUGCCCUGCUCAUCCACCACCAUGAGCAGCCCCAUGGGCCUGGUGCCCCUGGAGCCAGAGGUGCCCACUGUGCCCACUGUGCCCAUGGAACACAUCCCAGUGCCCCUGGAAGAGCCUGAUCACCAGCCCCUAGACUUGGAGGAGGAGGAGGAACCAAACCCCCUGGAGAAACUUCUAGAAGAUGGCCCCAGGGAUCAGGAUCCCUACGUCUGCAGCGCCUCAGUCUUCGCCCAGGGCGUCUGAGUGGGGAAUGCUCUGUACGUAGGGAUACUGUAGGCUGCAUAGAGGUCUGUGUGUGUGUCCCACACGGAGAUAAGUAUCAAGAGCCUUGAUGUUGAAAUGUUCACUGUUGGUUGCCACAACAAUGUGCAUAGAGAUGAAGAAUUAUUGGUCAUUGAAUGGUCUUUUCCCACAGAAGGAACAGUUGUAUUCCAGAAGUGUUAUUUUAAUCAAACUACAGUCGAGGUGUUAAUUCUCAUGCUGUGAAGUGUUGAGUGAGAGACUGUUAUGGAAGUCUGCAGCAGAAUGAGGCGUGAUGAAUGAUAUGAGCCUAGAGUUAUAAUGUAAACUUAUUUUAUGUUGUGCUUUUCGAUGUGUUUUAUUACAUUGCUGAAUUCUGAGGUAUGUAAUUAGUAUAAACGUGUAGCCAUUAGUGAAAAUGGCAUCAAUAAUUGACUGAAAGCUCAUUGUUUUGUUAUCAACAGUCAGAUUCAGCUGACUUUGUAUUGUAU